UCAGAAUGUUGCAUCUUUGCAUCUGUUUUGGGAUUACAAGUAGAGGCUGUAAUAAAUGUGUUACAUCAUGUUGACUCUGUGGGUGGUGAAUCACUGCUUCAGCUGGAACUCCACGGAGAGGGACAGAUCAGGCUCAGGGAGGAAUCAGUCGUCAUCACAGCAGCCAAUAUGCAGUUGUUACAUCUGGAUGUUGGUCUUAUUCUUGGAAUUACUUUUAUGGAGAUAUCCAGUUUCAGCUUCUCAUCUCCAGCUUCUGGGGUUUUGGCUUCAGUGGAGACCUGCAUGUCAGACUUAUGCAGCUGUGAGAGGGCACUUGUCGCUGGCAACUGUGAGGAUGACAGGUGCCAAAUAAAAGAUUCAAAGAACUGUAACUUGACCAUCCAGGCUGCACUGGACCAAUUUCCAUCCCUGCAAGGGUGUGUGUGUACAUGGGAGGAGGAGCUCUGUGACUCCAUACAAGUACUGGCCACACAAUGCCUGAAAAAGCCAGCAAUUCAGCAGAGGAAGAUCACACCGACUGACUGGAAAUCCAGUAAUUUAGCAGACAAUGAUGUGCUUCUUGCAGUGCAUGAAGGCUCUGGAUCCUGUGUGGACCGCAUUGGUCGUUGUGUGAGUGAGUCUGUUUGCAACAGGCAUCUCACACCUGUUCUUCAAGCCUGCAUGGCUGAUCAGUGUGACAAUGAAAGGUGUCGGCGGGAAAUUCAACAGUUCUACGGAGGCAUGCCUCAACAGUCUGCCGAGAUGCUGGUGUUGUGUGAGUGUGAUGACUCAGAUCAAAGCUGUUUGCUCAUGAAAUCCGGGCUGCAGAGUGGGGCUUGUGGAGUUGAGACAAGGAUCUGCCAAGAAAGGCUCACUCAGUGUGGCCAAGACAGCAACUGCAGGUACCUCUUGAAAACACUCCAAGACAAAUGUUGGAACCAUGAAGAAAUCAUAUGCAGUGAAAGAAAUCUCCAAGAAAAUGAAUGUUUUACAUUAAAGGAUCCAGCUCUUAUCCUUGGCACAAAUUCUGAAUGCAGAAAGGCCUUCUUAGCUACUUUGGGCACAGUGCUUCAUCAUCCUUGCACAUGCAAAGGUGUGCAGAGCAAUCAUCUACGAAUGUGCAACAUGAUUCUUGAAGUAUUUCACAAUAGACUACACUUUAUAAAACUGGUGAAAAGCAGCAGCGGCCCUUCCAAACCACCUGAAAUCAACGAAUCUGAGCAGGCUCACAUGUGGUCAUAUGGUUACCUCUUGUAUGCUUUUUCAGCUCUCUUCCUUGCUGGAGUUGUCAUAAUAUCACCUCUGGUUUUUCUCAGUAAGAUGUGGUUGAAAAGGAGAGAUCAGAUAAAACUUAACCAUCAAAAAAAGGUGAAUAGUCAUUUUAUAAUAUAACAUCCCUUUUAUGACUAUUUUUUAGUUUCAUAUUUUAUGUGGUUCAGAUUCUCAAAGGUUUUUCUUCCCUUGUAUAUUUAUCAUUUUAUAAUAAGUUAUGGAACAUUAGGUUUGAAGGUUUUAGGCAUUUAGAAGAGGUGCUACCAGUUUAAAUAAGCAGAUGGGUUCACACAAAGUUAAUUAAACUGAAAGAACAUUUUCUGUGACCUGAAGUUGGUUCUCAAUGACAGUGAUUUCUGAGGACUUCUUUAUUAGCAACUGUAUCUGUCACUACUCCUUUCGGUUUUAAAUAGAUAGUUUUAUCUGGAGGUAGCUGCCUGGUGGAAGUUAUUAUGUUGCAAAACAAAUUCCCUACUCAAAGUAUCACAUCCUGGAGUCAUUCAGUGCCUUGCAAAACUAUUUACACCUUCCUGAACUUUUCCCCUCACUUAAUAUUAACAAAUAGUAUGUAAUAAUGAAAUAUAAGAAAAUGCAUUCUCAAGAUUUUUUAAUUUAUUGCCCAAAUUUUGUAAAACAAAAUAUGUCAUUCUCUUUAUCUACUCCUUAAUUACAAAAUUCUGUUUAGAAGUUUUUGAACAUUGCUUUUAAUCUAUAUUUCUGGUGUUAAAAAUGUGAAGUGAAUGUGCUGCAGCUGCAGGGAUUUACAAAAGUUGUUCUUGUAGCCCCAAGAUCAACUUUAUGUCCUCUGGUGCAGUAUUUACAGAGGUUAAUAAAAGUUUCACAGCCCCUUAGCCUAUAAUAAAUAUACACGUCAUUUCAAAAAAAUUCUGACUAAGAAAGUAACUUGAUAUGAUUCAAGGUUAUUUUCAAUAAGUGCAUGUAUCAAUAUCUAAUCAAAGGACUGGAUUAUUACUUUGUUUGCUUAUUAGAUUUUAGU